UAUAAAGGUCAUUUAAAAUGACAUGCGCAGUAAGUCAGUCUUCCUGUGCUAGGAAAUUUGAAAAAACAAAAGUGUAGAGAAAAACACAAAGAUUACUGAAUCUGAACAUCUAUAGAGGUGUUAGCAGUUGGUCUGUUUCCUUCCAAUCACAUACAGAUUAUAACUAAUGGGUAAAGAACCUCCAUACUGUCAACAGACCACACCAUCUUCUAAAAUCGCUUCAGCAGUGAGGAUCCUCUCGAAUAGAUCUUGUUAGUCCCGAGGUGGUAUUCUCCCAGCGGCGAGCUAUGAGAAGUGGAAUCACCAGAUGUAGUCAUUCCUGACAGAAAUGCCGCCGCCUCGUGUGGCUGGGACGCUGACCUGGGUGUCAGGCCGGUGGCGCCAGAACCCAGCACGGACGCUAAGUCUGAGCUGCACUCUGCUCCUGUAAGAUACUAAUAACUUGAGGUAGCUGUCCAGAUUCCAGGCGGUAGUGAUUUUUUUGUGUCUGCGUAUUGAUCACGGGGUCCGCGGCGGGACCGCAGGGGCUGUGUCCGACGUCCCCAGACCUCUAGCAGGGUCCGGAGCGAUGAACAUCUUCCAUAAACUUAACCUCCGGGCGCUCAGUCCCUGGUUCUUACUUCAGUCCUCUUAGCCCCAUAGGUCGGCGCGUCGAAAACCUUUCUGGUACCGGGGGUCUUUCCUAAGAAAAAGGCACAUCUCUCGCACAUUUAACUCUCCGUCUGGUCUUUAACUUCAGGCGCGCCAGGACCCGAGGUUCUUCCGAGCGGCAGCUCCGCUCCCGAGCCGGGAACUUCCCAGAGCAUUGGCGCGGCCUCCGGGCGCCGGGGACAGCCUCGGGAGGACGGGACUUCGGGCGCCGCGCGCGGGCCGAGGACAGCCGGGCUUGGGAGGCCCUGCCCGCCGCCCCGCGUUCUCCCGGCCACUGCCACCCCGCGCAUCCGGAGCUGCCGCAGACACUGCCGGGCCCAGAGCCCCACGCCCCCGGCCCGCCCCUAGCGGCCGCUUGUUUACUCCCCGGCGCAGCCUAGUCCGACCCUGGGGCCCGCCCCCGCCCACCGCCUAUUGGCCAAAGGAGCCCGAAGACCGGCAACGAUUGGUCUGGGGAGGAGCGGGGCGAGCGGGGUAGGCUGCGCGAGAGGCCGAGAGGGGGCGGCAGGCGAUGGCGGCUGCGGCAGCGGCGGCGGGUCUGUUAGGCUGGUUGUUCGCCGCGCUCUGCCUGGGCAACGUCGCGGGGGACGCCGCGCCGGGCCCGCGAGUGCUGGGCUUCUGUCUGGAGGAGGAUGGAGCUGCGGGCGCGGGGUGGGUACGCGGAGGGGCGGCGCGGGACACGCCGGACGCCACCUUCCUCCUGCGCCUCUUCGGCCCGGGUUUCGCCAACAGCUCUUGGUCCUGGGUGGCCCCUGAGGGGGCGGGCUGCCGGGAGGAGGCGGCCGCCCCCGCGGGCGAGUGGCGCGCGCUGCUGCGCUUGCGCCUGCGGGCCGAGGCCGUGCGCCCGCACUCGGCGCUGCUGGCGGUGCGCGUGGAGCCGGGUGGCGGGGCGGCCGAGGAGGCGGCGCCUCCCUGGGCUCUGGGCCUGGGGGCGGCCGGGCUGCUGGCGCUGGCAGCGUUGGCGCGUGGCCUGCAGCUGAGCGCGCUGGCGCUGGCGCCGGCGGAGGUGCAGGUGCUGCGCGAGAGCGGCUCGGAGGCGGAGCGUGCGGCGGCGCGGCGCUUGGAGCCCGCGCGUCGCUGGGCCGGCUGCGCCUUGGGCGCGCUGCUGCUGCUGGCCAGCCUGGCGCAGGCGGCGCUGGCGGUGCUGCUGUACCGCGCGGCCGGCCAGCGUGUGGUGCCUGCUGUGCUGGGCAGCGCGGGGCUCGUGUUCCUGGUGGGCGAGGUGGUGCCGGCCGCCGUGAGCGGUCGCUGGACGCUGGUGCUGGCGCCGCGCGCGCUCGGCCUCAGCCGCCUGGCUGUCCUGCUCACUCUGCCCGUGGCGCUGCCCGUGGGGCAGCUGCUGGAGCUGGCAGCGCGGCCCGGGCGGCUGCGGGAACGGGUGCUGGAGCUGGCGCGCGGCGGCGGCGACCCCUACAGCGAUCUCAGCAAGGGCGUGCUGCGCUGCCGGACCGUGGAGGACGUGCUCACGCCCCUGGAAGACUGCUUCAUGCUGGACGCCAGCACCGUGCUGGACUUCGGCGUCCUGGCCAGCAUCAUGCAGAGCGGCCACACGCGCAUCCCCGUGUACGAGGAGGAGCGCUCCAACAUCGUGGACAUGCUCUACCUCAAGGACUUGGCCUUCGUGGAUCCCGAAGACUGCACACCGCUUAGCACCAUCACUCGUUUCUACAACCAUCCGCUCCACUUCGUCUUCAACGACACCAAACUGGACGCUGUCCUGGAGGAGUUCAAGCGAGGUAACAUCCCGGGCAUGGUGCAGGGGACGCCUGUGCCAGUGCCCUCUCCCGGAAAAGGGAUGGAGAGUUAUGAAAGCCUUGAGGAAAUGGUCCCACCCCCGUGGCGAGCAGUGAGACCUCUGAGGUCCCUUUUCGAGACGGUAUUGGCCUUGCAGUUGUCUUCUGUAGGGUCCAGCCACAGCAGGCCCGGCAUCCCGGUGGAAGGCAGCCCUGGGCGGAACCCAGGUGUUUAACUGCUCACUAGGCAGCCCCAGAUCUGGGGAACAGAUGAGCACGUGGGGAGCUGGAGUGAGCUGAGCAGAAGCUUCGUGCCCGCCACCCCCAUCCCCUCCAGGCCACGUUUUAGAUGGCCCUUGUCGAUGCGGGUCCUGGGUGUCCUCAGAACUAGACAUCAAUGCCUGGAUCCUUCAGCUGGCCCUGCCCUCCUUUAGGAGACAGGAGUCAGCAGGGCACAGCCCUCCAGGCCCGCGUCAGGAAGGAACGAAAGGAAUGCCGUCAUCUCUAGUCCCCAGGGCCCAGCCUUCCCCAUCUCCCCCGAGGCUGGGGCCGUGUGGCAUGUUCAGAUUCAGACCUCUUCAGGCCGCGCGCCACCUCGUGAGUGCAGUUACUGCCUUUCCGUGGCCGUGACCUGUACGCGUUUGCUUUUAAUUUGCCAGCCUAUCGCUGCUGGCAGCACUUUCUGAGCAGGCCGAGCACGCCCAUUUUGGCUGGGGGUUCAAAUCGAUGGCUUUGUCCAUGGCGUCCUUUCUGGCUUCCCUAACGGUGUCAUGUUUCAGAGCAUGUGCCCCAGCCUUUCCCAUGUGCCAAACCAGAAGCUCCACUGCCCGUAGGCUGUCCCUGUAGCCCUGCACCCUCCUUGGAGGCUGCUCUUCUGAUCCUGAGAGCUGGCCUAGUGGUGCUGAGGGCUCCUUUCUGCUUCUCUGCCCACCUGCUGAGUUGCCACUCACAGCGUUGUCAGUUCCUGUGUUCUGAGAAGAGGUCACGCCUGGGAGGAAGGGAUCGUCCUGCUGCAUCGAAUCCUCUCCACUGUGUGGCCCCCAGAGAGUAGCUGCCUGUGGCACCUGCUCCACACGUCUCCACGACCUCCCUGCAGGUGCUGUGUGGCUGGGAUGUGCCGAGAGCAGCGAGGGAGGGUUUAUGAACCAGGUGGAUCCUCUUUUAAAAAAAAAUCAGUUUUUGUUAUAUCUCUAGAACAUUUCAAGUCUUUUCGUUUUUUUCUGUUCCUAGCUGUGGGGUUUUAGAGAAGUGGGAACAGGAAGGCAUUUGUCUUUUUCUUCCAAUUGACCACAUUUUCCUUCCGUAGUUCUCCAGCUCUGUGGAAACGGGCAUAGGAUCAUAGGUGGGGUAGGGAGGGAGGAGGAUUUCUGGAACUUUUCUCAAAGGAAUUUGGACCCUUAAAAAUGGGACUGAAGGUGAAAAGAACAGUGGUAUGGUUGCUUAGAUGCUGUCCUCAAGGAAUCAACUCUGAGAGCAAGCCCGGUUUGGAAACGGAUGCAUUAAAA